UUCUUCACAAUGGUCACCCGGGAGACCAGGAGGCUGCUGCUGAGCCCCUGCCCUCUGGCCACUUGAGUGCCCCAUCCGGCACCAUUGACCCACCAUGACUACGACCCAGAGGUGCAGCUUCUUCCCCCAGGAGCCCUACUACAUCCCUGGAUAUAGCGGGUUCUACCCUCAGGUCCGCUACCAGGUGGGCAAGACCUACGGCAGAACAACAAACGACAUCCUGACCGACCCCGAGGUCUACAAGAGCCCCAACUCCGUGCUGACCCCUCUCUUGCGGCCCAAGUUCAUUGAAGACUUCAGCCGCCGGCCGCGUCCCACACAGGAGCCCAUGGAUCAGUAUCAGAACUACAUCCCCGGAUACACAGGCUUUGUGCCCCACCACAGCUGCGUCCCCAUCCCUGGCAAAGAGAACUGGCCUCCUAUUCCAAGGCCUGAGCCCCAAAGGUGGAUGGACCCGGACUCGGCGCAGCUCCUGGAGCAGAGGAAGUACAGCCCCUGCCACCCUGGCAUCCGCUUGGCCUGUGGUCCUGGCUGGAGGCAGUUUGCAGCCACGGCCGGCUCGCGGCUGGUCUCGGGGCAAGGCGACCGGAAGGCAAUCUGCCACCCAGACGUGGCCCUGGUCUGCGGGAAGGAGGAGGCCGGCGGGCCCUGUGACGCUGGGAUGUCCCUUGUGUGCGGCCAGGGAUGGAGGGCCACCCCAUGUGUCGCCGGCAGGGAGCAACCCAUAAGGGUCGAAGGCACCCCUUUGCCGCCAGUGACGGAGACCGUGGACGUGAGGCGCUUUGGCCGGACACCCAGGAUGGACGUACCCAACCUCAUCCAGAGGAAAGCCAUCUCAGGGUAUACGGGAUUCAUCCCUCGAUUCACCUGGAUUAUGGGCAUCAAUUACCUGAACGGAGUCAAGGAUGCCAUGAAUGAAUUUGAUAAAAAUCAGGAAAUACUGAGAAGCCCCAUGUACUGCUUUGGCCAGCGGCUGCCACAUACCUACUGGCCCAACACCAAGAUCUACUCCAGUAGCGGCUUGGUGCCAUUCUACACGGGGUUUGUGCCAACCAUCAGGCACAACUAUGCUCUAACCUUUGGAAACAGCACCCGCAAAGCUUAUUAUGACGAACUGCUGCGGAGACAGCCUGCAGGGUAA